AUGAGCUACCACGAUUCUCGCGACAGACACCCCCUUCCGACCCAAACCUUCCGGUCCGAAUCGGGGUACUCCUCGCCCGCCCCGGGCUCCGGUGCCCAAACACCAACAGGGUCGGGGGCCGGCAGCUCCCAAUCACCAGGACUAGUCUCCAGUAUUUUUGGGGGUCUGAUUCGACGUUUCUCCGCCGAAACACCGUCCCUCACCCACUCGCAUUCAUACCCAGCAGACAGUUCACACUCCCACUCCCACGCCCACGCCCACAACAACAACGGCGUCGACGGAGUCUACGUUCCCCCCCGAUUUCAUGAAACCAUCCAAAGAACCGUAUCACCAAUGCAGCCGCCUCCACUGGAACCCGUGCAGCUCAAGGGGUUUGCACCGGACACCCCUCACUCGGCCAGGAUAUUAACACAGGCGAUCGCGGAGGAGAUACGGAUUAUGGUGCCGACGAGGCUCAGCAUCGUGGACGAGUGGAAUUUGAUCUACAGUCUGGACCAGGACGGGGCAAGUCUGGGGACGCUUUACGAUAAGUGUGCAAAGUAUUCCGGACGACGAGUGGGAUUCGUGCUGGUUAUCAAAGAUGCCGAGGGUGGUAUCUUCGGCGCCUACCUAUCCGACCACCCCCACCCAGCGCCCAAAUACUAUGGAACAGGCGAAUGUUUCCUCUGGCGCGCUUCCGUCAUGGCCUCCCUCCCGCCUCCUCCCUCCGCCGACACCACGAACCUGCGAGGCCGAACAUCCACCAUUUCGUCAGUCGGAACGGGCACGGACACGGCCACGAACCACAGCAGCGGCGACGGUCUUGCCUCAUCUACCGUUUCGAGAGCCAACACGGCAGCAACAUCACCCCAUAACGGCAGCGUAGACGAUCUACUUGCUUCCUCGACCGACGGCAUCGAUCAAACCACCAUCCGCUUCAAGGCCUUCCCCUACAGCGGCGUGAACGAGUACUACAUCCUGUGCGAGUCGCAUUUUUUGAGUCUGGGCGCUGGCGAUGGCAAGUACGGGUUGUGGCUGGAUGACGGGCUGGACAAGGGGGUGAGCUCUACGAGUGAGACGUUUGGGAAUGAGCAGCUUAGCGAUCAGGGGGAGAAGUUUUCGGUUUUGGGGGUGGAGGUUUGGGUUAUUGGGUCUGGGGGGUUAUGA